AUGCAAUUCGGUCUUUUGUUCUACCAAACAGCCUUGUGGUUGGGCUUUCACAUAGACGGCAAGACCUUUACCAUCGCACCCAUGUUAGAAGACCAAGCAAACUUUAAGCUGAUUGAAAUUCCAAAUCCAUCAUCUCGGUUUAUCAUGUUGGAAGAGGUUCAACUCUCACCUAACGAUUUGAAAAUAAUAUCGAAUAAUAAUAAUUCUAUCACUCCAUCAUCAUCGGAACAGCAACAACAGAAAUUUGAAAUAUUAUUACAGCAUUUCAACGAGUAUUACAAACAACAUGAGCAAGAAUUUAUGAAUUGUUUAAUUGAUAUUUGGGAACAGGAUCAUUGUUCCAACACAACUUUAUCAUUUUCUGAAAUAUUACACAAAUUCCUACCACUGUCUCCACACAAUGAACAUUAUUCGGAAUUGGAUAAAGCCAUUCGAAAGUUUGUGCUGUAUUGCUGUAUUAAUAGCUUAUCAAACUAUGAAAAAAUCAAGCACAAGGAAAUUACAUUUAGGCUUGUAUCAGCAGAUGAGCUCCUUGAAAACAGGUUAAAAAUGAAAUUUAAACAUCAAAUGGAGCUGUUCUCAAAAGAGGUAUUUCAUGUUGAAUUGAAUGAUGAAGAGUCCAUCAUUCUAAAGACUCGUCUUCUCGAUUGUCUAAUUUUUCAAUCACAUAGUAUAUACUGGAACGAUAUUUGUAAAUAUCCUUCAAAGGCCAAGAGUUUGGAAGCCAGAAUUCGAAAAUGGUUAGAUCUUUUAGGAACAAAGUUGAGCUUUCCAGAAGCUCUCAUCCUCAAAUCAAAUGUUUUUCCAAAGCAUCUUGUUCCUACAUUGAUCAAAUGUAUUUUAAAUCAGAUAGAUAAGAAAGUGUUGCAUACGAUGAUGGAGGAUCAAUCACAAUUUCUGGAAUACAAGGAUCUUGUUAAGAAUUGGGAUAUCAAUACCUCAAGUUGGAAAUUCUAUGACAAUGUGAUCACCAUUGACUCAGAAGGCACUAUGGAUAUAGAUGAUGCCAUUUCUAUUGAAAGUUAUGAAACUAAUUCAAUGCGUGUGGCCAUACAUAUUACCAAUGUUGCACAUUUCUUUUAUUCAUAUUUAGGAAAUAAUUCUCUUCAAGACAUGUUGAAAGAUCCUAUUUUCAAGGAGGCAGCACGAAAAGUUACCUCGUAUUAUGACAGUCUCCCACGAUCGUCCGUUCUCUUCAGAAAUCCAGACGAACUCGAUCAAGAUGCAAGACAUUUAACAGUCUUUCCCAUGUUGUAUCCUUCCCUUUCUGAAAAUAUUCUAUCUCUAAAGACUGGAAAACGUCUAACCAUGACCUAUGAAUUUGAAUUUAAUGAUUUUGAUUCUCAGCCCAAAUUGUUAGGAAUUUAUCCCUCUUGUGUGAAUAUUAUUGAAAAUACAACCUACGAACAAGCAGAAGCAUUAUUUGAAAAAGAUGAAAAGUGGAACAAGUUAUUUUCAUAUUGCAGAGCUCUGUAUGAGAGGAGAAUUCAGAAUGGAGCACCCUCUUUUGAAAAUAGAAAAUGCUUAACUCCAGAGCCUUCAAAUAACACCACAGCAAGAUUGUCCAUUUCUGAGAGAAGAGGCUUAAAAUCUUCACUCGUCAUUAGUGAAAGCGCAGUGCUCAUAGGGUCCAUUGUUGGAGAGUAUUUUAAAGCGCACAACAUUCCUGGCAUUACUCGAAAUUUUGAUUCACGCAAAAAGAUAAGCUUAACAUCUGUGUGUAACAAAGACACUCCGAGUCCUUAUUUGCAACAAACAAGUCCAGUGAGAAGAUUCAUUGAUUUAUUGAAUCAACUACAGCUGUAUUUAUUUUUGACUCAACAAACAAUGCUUUCUGUUAAGCAACUGGAGGAACAUUGUGAUAGAAUUGAAUCAGAAUCUACCAAAGCUCAAGAAGUAGAGGAUCAUAUUAUCAUGUAUUGGUUUCUAUGCUAUUUGUGGGAACAUUAUGGCCCAUCAUCGUCAAAGAGUUCUACCGUUGAUGAAAGGAACUGCAAGGCGUUGAAAGGAACAGUCGGUAGAUUUGUCAGUGCAUUCACCAAGAUUAUACUCAAUGACGAGCAGUUUUGCUCGUUCUCCAUCCAUUGUGCGAAUCUACACUACUUGUUAGGUGGAAAAUAUUGUGUAGAGGGACUGCCAAUCAAUUUUGUAAUUGAAUCCAUUGAUUGGGAAUUACUGACAGUGAGUAUUCGUGUUGUUGAAGAAGGGGAACAACAUGAGCAAUUAUAG